AUGAGAGCUUUUUGUACAAUACAUUAUCCUAUUGGACCGAGUUUUGUGUCGGCAAUAACAACAAAACAAAAAGUUUAUUAUAAUAAUAAAGGUAUAAGACUUGACUGUUCAGCUAUUGGUAAUCCAUCACCUAUAUUAACAUGGUUUCGAAUGAAUGGUAGCGAUGAACAAUCAUGGAUAUAUGUUCAAUCGUCAGAAUUCAUUGACCUGUAUGAUAACGGUAGUUUAUUUAUUCGUCCAUUUCGAGAAUAUUUCAAACCAAUUCACGCCGGCUCAUUUAUUUGUCGAGCAGAAAAUGCAGUUGGUAGUAUACAAACAUUACCAAUACAAAUUAAACCACAAAUCUAUGAUACUUAUGAAGUAGAAGUAAAAAAUCCAUUUGGGUACGAACAAUCAUCUGUUAUUAUAUCAUGUGAAGUAUCUCCACCGUCUGCUAGUUCCUAUGUAAAUGUUAUAGGGUGGCUAGAAAAGUCUAAUAAUCAAAUAAUUCAACUUGAUUUAAAACCCAAAACCAAAUACAAUAUAUUAGCAAAUCAAAAUUUGAUUAUUCAUAGCUUGAAAAGAUCUGAUGAUAAUCGAAGUUAUGCUUGCAUUGUAAAUAACGAUAUUGAUAAUCAUACAAGACAAAGUCGAUUUAAAUCAUUACGUGUUCGAAAUCGUUCACCAUUUGGACCUGAAUUAUAUAUGAAAAAUCAUACAGAAUAUCAAGUACAAGUCGGGGAUACUAUUGAAUUACCUUGCGGUAUAGCAUCAUUAUCAAUAAAUGCUCCAAUUUCAUGGUUGAAAGAUGGAACAGAAAUAGCUGCUGUCGAAGAAAAAAUUUAUAAUAAUUCCUUAAUUUUUGAGAUUUCUUCUUCAAAGGAUUCCGGAAAUUAUGUAUGUCAAAUCGACGAUGAAUCUAUUGGACGAAUGACAUCAACGAUGACAGUAAAAGUUAAUCUUCCCAUUCAAUGCGAUAUAAAUUUUGAACAAAAAACUAUUAAUGCAGGAUCAGAUACAGAAUUAAUUUGUAGAAUCAAUGCGAUAAAAAAUUCACCUAUUCAAUGGCAUUGGUAUCAUAAUUCUAAUUUAUUAUCAAAUCAAUUAAAUCAAUAUAUGAUUAUCAAUGCUACAAGAGAACAUAUGGGAAUGUAUCAAUGUUGUUCUAUUUCAAGUUCAUCACAUUCAAGUAGUUGUUGUGCUCAAACACAAAUUCGAGUUAUUAAUUCACCUCCUUUUAUUCUUAAAGAUCGACAAACAAAUUCAGACAAUAUUAUUAUUUUACCAGAAAUCGUUCUACACAAUUCAAUCGAUCUUAAUUUUACUAUCUAUGCUGAUCCAAUACCAGAGAUAAAUAUAUUUAAAGAUGGUCAAAUAUUAAUACGAAAUUAUUCAAUUAACUAUCAAACUUCUGGCGAUAUUUCUCUUCACUAUUCAAUUUAUAUAUACAAUAUAAGCAGCACAGGCCUUUAUGAAUAUGUAGUAGAGAAUUCUUUGGGCUUAAUUUCUCUAUCAAAACAUAUCAAUAUCGAUAAACAAAAACCAUUUAUUCAACCACUAAGAAAUCUAACUAUUCGAAGCGAUGAACAAUUCACACUUACCUGUUAUGGAUCAGGUCAACCGAAUUUACAGUUACAAUGGAUUGAUCAAAGCAAUAAUCGGAUAGUUAAUACUUCAUCGAUAUCUCCAAUUCUGUUUACAUCAACAAAUACAAAAUCAACUAUUUAUGCGUGUCAAGCCAUAAAUCCAUACGGUAGAAUAUCUUCACAAUUAUUUGUAACAAUUAAAGUUCCUGCAAAAAUCUUAUCAGUCACAUCAAAUCAAACAGUUAUAAUAAAUUCAAAAUUCAAAAUCAACUGUCUCGCGGAAGGUGAUCAUGAAUUAGAAUUAAUAUUAAAAGAUCCUUUGUUAAAUAAAUUAAAUACAAUCGAAAACAGAUCUGAAAAUAAAAAGAAGCUAUCAUUCAUGUUUGAUAAUAUACAAAUGUCUGAUAGUGGUUUAUACGAAUGCUAUGCUAAUAAUAAUUAUUCAGAAGAUUAUUCAAUAUUUGAAAUUAUUGUACAAAAUGUACCAGAUAGAAUCGAAAAUAUUUUUAUUGGAGAUUCUGAAGAAAUUUUUUGGAUGAAACCGUUUGAUGGAAAUUCAAAAAUUUUAAAAUACAUUCUUCGAAUGCAAUCAAGACAAGGUUUAUUAUGGUCAAAUGAAUCGAUGAUUAUUAUUGAUGAUAGUGAUGUAACAAAUUAUCGUUUUGAAAAUAUGUUUUCUAAAUGUAUGAUUUCCCUAACAAUGCAAGCAGUUAAUGAUAUUGGAUCAUCGUUACCUAGUGAACCGAUUCAUUUUCAAACAAAUACUAAACAAUUAGAAAUUGCUCCAUAUAAUCUAACAGCAGUUAGUAUCUCUUCGAAGAGUUUGGUAUUAACAUGGCAGUAUCCAUCAUUUCAUGCAUGUGACGACUCAUUCAUGAACUUUGUAAUUGAAAUCAGUGAUCAAUACAAUCAAACUAUGAUCAAAACUCAUAAUUAUCAUUCAACAGUAUUUACUAUUAGUCAAUUAAGAAGUGUUACAUUUUAUACAUUCGUUAUUUAUGCAGUCAAUGAAUUAGGACCGAGUCCGAAAUCAAAACCAUUAAAAAUAAAAACACCAGAAAGUGUUCCACUUGCUAUGAUAGCCGAUUUAACAGCAACUUUAUAUAAUAGUUCUACUGUUUAUAUUACCUGGAACAUUCAGCAAGAUGAGUUUCAAUAUCUGAAUGGAAAAUUUCGAACAUUUGCUGUAACAAUUUAUGAAAAUUUGAAUAUGUCAACAUUAACAAUUGUUGAAACAGUAAAGACAAAUCUUGUACUUCAUAAUCUUCAUUCAUCAUCACAAUAUUACGUAUCAGUAGUUGUUUGUAAUUAUUUUGAUUGUGGCUCAUCAUCAACUUCGAUUGAUGUUAUAACACCAUUAGCAAUUUUCGAUACAACGACAACGAUCAUGCAUCCAAUUAACAAACCACUCAUACUGAAUUGUCCAUACGCAAACAACAACUCUUUUAAUUCUACGUAUCCAAAAGUAUCGGAAACACAUAGUGAAUAUCAAUGUGGAUCAAAAUUAAUUCACAUUCAAUACUAUGAUAAACCAUCGUCAAUCCGAGUAAACAUUCAUUAUACAACACCAAAUGAAAUUGGUUUAAAGAUUUUUUAUCCACUAGAAAUAAUUGAAAUUGUUACAAUAACCUAUAAGAUAAAAGAUCAUUCGUUUAUGAAUGAAUUAAAUAUAUCUCCGCCAUUAACAAAUAUUCGUUUAACAAAUCUUUCUUGUGGAAAUAUUUAUGAGAUAAUGAUCUAUACUAGUAAUCAAGUUGGAUUUAGUACAACGGAAUAUAUAAUAGCAAAAACCGAUGGUUCAACUCCUUCGUUAUAUCAAUCAAAAGAUUUAAUUCGAGCUGUUUCAAAUAAUUAUAUCAUUCUUGACAUGGCUAAAUGGAUCAUUAAUGAAUGUCCUAUUUUAUCAUUUGAAAUAGAAAUAAUACCAAUAAAGAAUUCAGAUGGAAAUAAUCUUAAUCGAUAUUUUUCAUUCAAAAAUGAAUUAAACGAAAUCAAAAUUGAUCAUCUUCAACCCGAACAUGAUUACCAAUUAAAUAUUAAAAUUAAUAGUCAACCUGGUGAAAAUUUUCAAAUUAUUUCUUUUCGAACAGCAAAAGAUACUAAUCGAAUAAGUAUCAAAUAUUCACAACGUAUUUUUCUUGUUCUGUUAACAAUGAUUUUAUUUAUGUUAACAUUGCUUUUCGUUUUCAUUCUCGUAAAACUUUGUGAAAAACGUUGGAUGAAAACAGAAUCAUUUAUCCAUCGAAAUGUAAUGUUAAAACCUACUCUAAACUCAACAUACUCAAAUAGCAAUGAUCGACAUCAACCGAUGUGGUCUGAAACAGAAAUUGAUUUUACCAUUGAAAACUAUACAAAUAAAAAUCGAUCAACUAGUUUUACAUCAGAAGAUUCUCAAGGUAAUAUAAAUCCAUAUGCAGUUACUGGUGAUACAGUAAAUCAUAAAUAUAAGUAUGAUCAUUGUCAAUUGAGUGAUACAGAUCGUCACCCAUCAACAACGUCUUCGGAACGAUAUUUUCGUCCGAUUAUUCUCGAAUCUUCAUUGUUCAACGAUCAAAAUUCAUCAAAUCCGUGUCCGCGUCCAAUAGAAAAACAUUCAUUGACAAAUAUUCUUUCAGCAGUCUCAUCGUCUGAAAGCAAACUUUUCUCUGCUUUCGUCUAUGUUUCAACAUCGAAACCUAUAACAAAAAAAAUGUCGAAUAAUGAUCACAGUUUAUCAUCAGCAGACUCUGGUGUUCAUUCAUCUUAUACUCAAAGUCCUCGAUGUCAAUUACAUCAUUUUUCAUACGAUCAUUCGUUAUUAUCAAAGCAAGAUAAUCCAUUAUACGCAACAUACGACGAAACAUUCUCUGAACAAAUCAAUCUUGACUCGUAUAGACGACAAAAAUAUUCAUUAGUUUAA